UCCAAUCGGCCUUUAACUCUAGCCAAGCAAAAUGGCACGCGGGCCAAAGAAGCAUCUGAAGCGCUUAAAUGCUCCCAAGCAUUGGAUGCUUGCGAAGCUCACCGGAAAUUUUGCUCCUCGUGCAUCUACCGGACCCCACAAGCUAAGAGAAUGCUUACCUCUCAUCAUCUUCCUCCGCAACCGUCUCAAGUACGCCCUGACCUACGUCGAGACCAAGAAGAUCAUGAUGCAGCGUCUGAUCAAGGUUGACGGCAAGGUGCGCACUGAUAUCACCUACCCGGCUGGAUUCAUGGAUGUGAUCUCCAUCAACAAGACUGGAGAGAACUUCCGUCUCAUCUACAACGUCAAGGGACGCUUUGUUGUCCACAGGAUCGGCAGCGAAGAAGCCAAGUUCAAGCUGUGCAAGGUACGCAAGGUGUGGACUGGACCCAAGGGAGUGCCCUACCUGAGCACCCACGACGCUCGCACCAUCCGCUACCCAGACCCCCUGGUGAAGGUCUACGAUACCAUCAAGGUAGACAUCACCACCGGCAAGAUCACAGACCACAUCAAGUUUGACAGUGGUCACUUGUGCAUGAUCACCGGAGGUCGUAACUUGGGACGUGUAGGUACCAUCACCCACAGGGAGAAGCACCCUGGAUCUUUCGAGAUCGUCCACAUCAAGGAUGCCUCAGAUCACACCUAUGCCACCCGUCUGGGCAACGUGUUUGUCAUCGGCAAGGCCAACAAGGCCUAUGUCUCCCUCCCCAAGGGCAAGGGAAUCCGUCUCACCAUCGCAGAGGAGCGCGAGAAGAGGAUCGCCCAGAGAGUGUAAGCCGCCACUCCUACCAGGACACCAUCUGAUCAUCAUGAACUCCAACAACAUCAUGAACCCAAACCAUUCAUAGAACUGUUAAGUCUUCAACCCACUGUCAUAUGAAUUGCAACAUGGCUAGAGGCGUAAAACAACAAGGACAAUUCCAAGUCACAAAUAAAGAUUAUGUUGAUACUACAGUA